GGCGGCGCGUGCGCACUGGUCUCUCCGCGGCUGGUGGACCAUGGAGGCCCCGAGGCCCUUCGCUUCUGCUGGGGGCGCCCGCUUCGUCCCCGUGACGCGAGGGGCGGUUUGGAAGCUGUGGCUCUGGGAGCUCUGGCUGCUCCUGCUGGGGGCCGGUUUGAACGCGAACUUUUUGCCCGACGAGGAGGACGUCAGCUUCAUCAAUGAGUACGUGAACCUGCACAACGAGCUCCGCGGCAGCGUCGAGCCCAGCGGCGCGAACCUGCGCUUCAUGACUUGGGAUGUAGCUUUGUCACGGACUGCUAGAGCAUGGGGGAAAAAAUGUGUGUUUGAGCCUAAUACUCAUUUAGAAGAACUGAGAAUGGCCCAUCCUAAAUUUAAUGGUAUUGGUGAAAAUAUGUGGGUUGGCCCUGAAAACGAAUUUACCGCGAGUAUUGCUAUCAGAAGUUGGUAUGCAGAGAGGAAGAAGUACCAUUUUGAAAAUGACAGUUGCUUGGAUGACUGUUCUCAUUACAUACAGCUUGUUUGGGACAGAUCUUACAAAGUUGGUUGUGCUGUUACUCCAUGUUCAAGAAUUGGACCUAUCAGACAUGCGGCAAUUUUCAUAUGCAACUAUGCACCAGGAGGAGCUCUGACAAGAAGGCCUUAUAAACCAGGACUAAUUUGUAGUCAAUGUAGCAGAUAUGACAGAUGCACAGAUUUUCUAUGCAGUAAUGCAGAGCGUGACCAAGCCAUAUAUUACCGAUAUUGGUAUCCAAGGUGGGAAGUGCCCCGGCCGGUUGUCUGUGAUCCACUAUGCAUAUUUAUUUUCUUUCUGAGAGUGCUAUCUUUUUCACUUUGUGCCACAGUUGUUUUGAUGAUACAGUCUCAGUUUCCAAAUAUAUUAUUGGAAGAACAGAUGUUAUCUACCCCUGAGGUAAAUGAAGUAGAGCCAGAAAAGGAAGAGGAGGAGGAGGAAGAGGAGGACAAAGAGAAGGAGGAGGAGGAAGAGGAGGACAAAGAGAAAGAGGAGGAGGAGGAGGAGGACAAAGUGGAGGAGGAGGAAGAGGAGGGGUAAGAUUUACCACCAUCGUAGGACAAAAGCAUAAUACAAAAAAGGCAAAAACCCAAAAAACAAGAACACUGAGCUUUAACAAGAAAGAAUAUGUACAAACCACUAUUGCAAUACCUUUUAUUCUCUUCUUUCUCAUACUUAUUCAACCAAUUUAAAUUUGGAAAACAAAUAAACAAAAACAUGUAUUUUCUAGUAAGUAUUAUAAGGGAAGCUCUUGGACACUAAGAACAGAUAAAGAUGUGAUGAUAGAAAUACUAAAAAAUAUUUGACCAGUCUAAUUAAUCUUAAGAUUUCACUAUGUCACCUGAUGAAGGAGAGAAUUUCUAUUUCUUAAAUGUGUUUCUAUCUCUGUGUUUUAAAUAUUUUUUAAAUGUGAUAAGUUUUUUGAGGAUUAAAUAAGAUUGUCCAUGUAAGGUGCUCAGGACCAUUUGAAGUUCAGGACGACCAUUUAAUCACUUGGUUUUGCUGUUUUAUCAUUACUAUAACAGUUGUUAUUGGUGGUGGUGGUGUUUUCCAUGUGAUUUGAAUGCAUCUAAUAUCAUUAUUUGCCUUUGUUGUAUAUGUGUUUGGAAUGGUUUAGAUGGUACUUGUACAUGCUGUUAGGAGACAAAUUUAUUAUUUCUACUUCAUGUUACUAUUUCGUUAAAGCCUUGCUGUAAUUCUUUACUAGGCUAUGUGAUUUGUUGCCACCAAGGGCUAAUAAAUGUCAAAAAUUUAGCUGUGAUUGAGCAAUCUGGCUGCUUCCAAGUUUAUGUGAUAAAAUAAAAUAAGUUUUUAAAAAGUUA